GCAGUGUGCUGACCAGACAUAGCAGUGACUGCCAAAGGUCAUGAUCAGUAUUUUGGCCCAUGGUGUAUGCAUUGCUGUAUAUCUGUACACAUCCAUCUGUUACAUGAUUGCUAGAGGGUGGGUUUGUCUUUUUGAAUGGGCUGAUUAUAAGAGGUUUGAACUAAAAAGGCACCUGUACUUUAAAAACAAUGCUAGCUGUUCUGCCCAACACAGUAGCCACUAGUCACAAGCAAUUAUUUACCUUUAAAUUAAUUAAAAGAAAAUAAGAUGAAAACUUCAGUUCCUCAGUUGCACUAACCACAUUUCAAGUCCUCAGUGGUCACAUGUGGCUAGUGGCUUCCAUGUUGAACAGCACAGAUAAAGAGCAAUUCUAGCCUUGCAGAAAGUUCUAUUGGCUGCAUGUGAGGGAGUGUGAAGGGAUUUCAGGUGACUUUUAGAGUUGAGAGGGUCCUACUCAAGCCUGUCUCCUGCAUUUGCUGUGGUUAGAGAAAGGAUGAUUUCAAAGAUAAAAUCUUCAGCGAGGCUUGGUGUGUCAUCAAGGGAACUUGAUGAUGGAGCAGGGAGAGGCAGAAACCCAAUACCAAUUCGGGGCUUUGAGGGCGGAACUUCCUGGCUUUUCAUCAUUGCCUUCACCAAGACCCACCUCAUUUGGGUCAGCCUUUCCCUUUCUCUCAUACCUUACUCACACUUUCCCUCUGAAAGUGGUUUUAGGAGGUAAACACAAGUUGGCCAUGGGAUAUCCAGGCCCUGCUUUCCCAGGGCCUCUGAGGCUGAUGCUGUUGGACCAGCAGGUUGGCCUGGGGCUGUCCGUAUGAGCUGGCUCUGCACAAAGCUCUGAAUUGGAGUCCUGAAUGAACACAGUGCCUUUGACAGAAUGUCACAUAAAAUGAUCUCGCUUCAUAUUUCUCGGGCUAGCCAAGCCUUUUAUAGGAGUAAUCCGAUAGCUCAUCAAUAAUUUUCUGAUAUACGAAAUGGAGAAAAUAAAGCCACAGAAUGAUUAAGUACGUGCCCAGCAAUUCAGCAGUAGAGGUCAAGGUGAAAAUCAUCACCCUUCACCUUUGCAAAUCUACUUGUGGGAAUUCAUUUAGCUAUAUUAGCACAACUAUUUAUUGCAGCAUUGGUUAUGAUACUGAAUAACUGGAAACACCGUAUGUGUCUAUAUAAAUAGGGGAAUGGAUUCAGUGAAUUGUGUCAUAUUAAUACAACACACUAUUAUGCAGCCUAUAAGACCAUAAUUUAGAUUUGCAUAUGCUGAUAUGGAAAGAUCUCUAAGAUACAGUACGUGAAAACUUAAUAUGUGAAAUUGAAUGCAGAGCAUGAUCCACUUGUGUUAAUUGUGUUUAAAAGAUAGAUAUUCCAGGAGAAUAUACAAGAAACUUUUACGACCAUUUUAUUUGGGGAAUGAGCAGGAGUUGGCAAGGGAAAAUCUUGAUUUCAUUUCCUACUGUAGUGUCAGACUUUUUUUAACAAGGAACAUAUUCGUGUUUUACUUUCAUUUUAAAAUGAAAUUUUAUUUAUGUACUUUCAAAAUUUAAUUUUUAAAAACAUGUUUGUAUACUUUUAGCCCAGGUAAUACACACAUGUGAUUCAAAAUUCAAAGGUACAAAAGAGUAAAGUAUGAAAUGUUAACCUUCCUGUUUCUCCAUCCUCUGGUCACCCAACUCCCUUUCUUGGAGAAACCACUGUUACUCCCCGAUAACGCAGAUGAAUGUUGCUAGAAGUCAGGAAUGCAAAUUGGGUUUCAUUUCUGUGAUUCUGGUAUCUUGCAAAUCCUUCCAGACGUUCUACCCAUGUAAGAGAAAGUUCCUUAAGUUAGUUUCUGAUUAUAUUUGUAAACACGAAUGUGUGCUAAAAUCUCCUUUGACCAUCACUCCUAACCCCUCUCUUCCAUUCCUGUAUUUAUAAUGUUAGGGUUUUAAAAACAUAGCUAGCUGGAGAAGAAACCCAACUUUUCCAAGUUUAUUAGUCAAGAACAGCAGGCAAAAGUUCAAAGUUCCCGGCUAGCAUGUUACUUAGGGCCCACACUUUGGGCACAGGAAAUGCUAUGAAACCAUAUUAUAAAGAGUCAUUGCAUGGUUUGGAUCGAGUCUAGCUUCUGGGGAAGGCAUGCAGCGGGCUUGGAGCAGUAGCUGUUUACCAACCAGCACAGAAGUUUCUCAACAGUGCAACAACCUGCUUGGAUGUACUGGGGGUCUUACUGGGGCAAACCCACCUGGAGGGAUGGUGCCCAUGACUGGUACAGGUUCUUUGGAGCUAACAGUCUAGUACAGGAAAACACACCAUUGAUUAUUUAAUUACAAUUAUAAUAAGAGAGAUGAAAGAGAAAUAAGAGCGUAUGCCAGGGGUCUGAAGUAGUUCGUGAGUAAAGGAAGUCUUAUUUGAGAGGAGAGUAUGAAUAGGAAAUUAGAGAGGGAGAAAAAGUGUAUUCCCAGCAGAGGGAACAGCACGUGCAAAGGUAACUUGUUCAUGAUGCAAGUAGGGAAUUAGCACUCUACCACAACCAAUAUUUUACAAGUCAAAGACACAUUCUUCAAGGGUUCUCCGCUGCUCUGUUUGAGUUCCAUUGCUUGUUGUUUCUUUAUUAGCACUCUAUUCCCAGGUAGGUAAAUAGAGACGAGACGGCAGUUGUAGCUCAAGGCUGCAGUCCCCAAACCCCCUUCUGUAAGGACAUGAAGGCUGGGAUGUUCGUGAGUAUAGCACAGAAUGCGCUUGGAGGUGCUCAGAAAGAGAAAGUUCUAGAAAGAAGCAGGUCUAUGGUUGCCCUGGAGGUAUUUGGUUUGAGACAUGUGCCCCUCAAGAUGUGUGAGUUUGUGCGGUGACCUUGCUGCUGCAAGUGACCUGUUGAAGAGUCAGAUGUGGGUUGAACAUGUAGCAAAUUCUCUAGGCCUCUGAUUUUCCAACCACAUUUUGCCUUGCUGUUUUUGGUUCUUCUGCUGUGUUCUGGCCUGUAGCCUGCUGUUCUGAGAACCUACUAUGCUUCUAUUUACUCUGUCUUCAAGGAGUACCUUCUGUGUUUCAUUUGCCUGGCUGAUUUUUACUGGUCUUUUAUGUUUUGCUUUUCUGGAUGUCUACUUCUUCCAGUUCAAGAGUUAGGUGCUUGACUUCUGUGCUCCCAUGUACCCUGCACUUAACUUUUGUAUUCCCAUAAUGCUCUGCACUUGACUUCUGUAUUCCCAUAAAGCCUUGCACUUGACUUCUGUGUUCCCAUAAUGCCCUGCACUUGACUUCUGUGUUCCCAUAAAGCCCUGCACUUGACUUCUGUGUUCCCAUAAUGCCCUGCACUUGACUUCUGUGUUUCCAUAAUGCUCUGCACUUGAUUUGUGUUCUCAUAAUGCCAUGCACUUGAUUCCUGUUUCCCAUAGUACCCUGCACUUGACCUCUGUAUUCCCCUAAUGCCUUGCACCUGACUUCUGUGUUCCCAUAAUACCCUGUACUUGACUUCCCUCUUCCCAUUGUGCCCUCCACUUGCCCCACACAGGCUGUAACACUGGCUGUGACUCUGAUGCUCUCAUAGGUUGUGGUGCUUCUCAGGACUAUGUUUACUUCCUCUUAGUAUUCAGGGGGCCUGGUGCAGGCCUUACAAUAAGACUAUGAAAAUGUUUGUUGAGACAGUAGUCUGCAGAUAAGCGCCUUUGGGAACUGGAGCAGGUGAUCUGUACGGGCUGAGGGAGCCUUGAUGGAAGAGUUGGCUGUCUGACUGACUCUCAUAGUUUGGGCAGAGGAGAGAGGAAGUUGUAGGCAUUCUGGGUGAAGGUGCUGGCAGUGCACUGAAGAGAGAGGGAAUGCAAUGUGGUGUGGUGGAGGACAAAAGAAAACUCCCCAUCCCCUAACCCCACGUGAAAACUCCCCUCAAGGCUUUCUUCCAUGAAAGUCCUCCUUUAGCUUAACCCAGUGAUGUUCAACUGAGGGAUAUUUUGCUCUCCAGGGAAUAUUUGGCAAUGUCUGGAGACAUUUUUGGUUUUCCCAAUUGAGGAGCUAUCAGCAUCUAGGAGUAGAGGCCAGGGAUGCUGCUAAAUAUCCUAUGAUGCACAGGACAGUCAGCUCCCUACAACAAAAAGUGACCCAAAGGUCAGGGGUGGUGGCUCACGCCUGUAAUCCCAGCACUUUGGGAGGCUGAGGCAGGUAGAUCACCUGAGGUCAAGAGUUUGAGAGUAGCCUGACCAACAUGGUGAAACCCCAUCUCUACUAAAUACAAACAAUUAGCCAGGCAUGGUGGCAGGUGCCUGUAAUCCCAGCUACUUGAGAGGCUGAGGCAGGAGAAGUGCUUGAACCCUGGAGGUGGAGGUUGCAGUGAGCUGAGAUUGUGCCAUUGCACCCCAGCCUGGGUGACAAGAGUGAAACUCCAUCUCAAAAAAAAAAAAGGACCCAGCACAAAAUAUCAGUCAUGCUGCCAUUAAGAAACCCUAAAUUAGGCAGACUGUGGCUUAGCCACAUGUUGAUCAUGUAGACUAGGGCUGCAUGAGUAAAUGUUGGAUGUUUCUAAUUAACUUGUACAUGUGACCAGUGAUAUUCUAUGGGCAGUGUCAUAUGACCAGAGAUAUAGGAGAGGAAGCUGGUUUGGGGCAAGUUGCUGCUUUGUUUAUUGACACUCUGUCUUCUGUUACUGCAUGGAUGAAGGUUUGGUGGGAUAUGCAGUCGUGGUGUAGGAAGGGGCGAUAGAUGCACAGGAGACAGAGCAAGGUGUGAGGACAGGCUGAAUAACCUCUGUGCUGCCUGCUCAGGGGACAACCAUAGUGAUAUGGCAGGAUGUGCACAGGCCACAGGCUGGAACCUCAAGGGAAAACGUGUAGCUGAGUGUUGUGAUACGAGGAAGGCAUUGGCAAGAACGUCAUCUGCGACCGUGCGGCCACGCCGCUGGACGCCUUCCGCAUGACCUCCGCCGCCCACUACUACCCCAAGCUCAUGAGCAUCAUGGGCAACGUGCUGCGCUUCCUGCCGGCUUUCGUGCGCAUGAAGCAGCUGAUCGAGGAGGGCUACGUGGGUGAGCCGCUGGUGUGCGAGGUGCAGGUACACGGUGGCAGCCUGCUGGGCAAGAAGUACAACUGGAGCUGCGACGACCUGAUGGGCGGCGGCGGCCUGCACUCUGUGGGCACCUACAUCAUCGACCUGCUCACCUUCCUCACCGGCCAGAAGGCCGUCAAGGUCCACGGGCUGCUCAAGACCUUCGUGAAGCAGACUGACCACAUCAAGGGCAUCCGCCAGAUCACCAGCGAUGACUUCUGCACCUUCCAGAUGGUGCUGGAGGGCGGGGUGUGCUGCACCGUCACCCUCAACUUCAACGUGCCCGGCGAGUUCAAGCAGGAUGUCACUGUGGUGGGCUCAGCCGGGCGCCUGCUGGCCGUGGGCACCGACCUUUACGGGCAGCGCAACAGCGCCCCAGAGCAGGAGCUGCUGGUGCAGGAUGCCACGCCGGUGAGCAACUCCCUGCUUCCGGAGAAGGCCUUCAGCGACAUCCCCUCGCCCUACCUGCGCGGCACCAUCAAGAUGAUGCAGGCGGUGCGCCAGGCCUUCCAGGACCAGGACGACCGGCGCACGUGGGACGGGCGGCCCCUCACCAUGGCCGCCACCUUCGACGACUGCCUGUAUGCCUUGUGCGUGGUGGACACCAUCAAGAGGUCCAGCCAGACGGGCGAGUGGCAGAACAUUGCCGUCAUGACCGAGGAGCCGGAGCUGAGCCCCGCCUACCUGAUCAGCGAGGCCAUGCGCCGCAGCAGGGUGUCCCUCUACUGUUAGCACAGACUGAGAACCUCGGGGACUUGAGCCUUCUGCAGGGGGUGUCCACAGAGAGGGAAGGGCCGAAGGGAGAGGGUGGCCAUGGGGAAUGUGGGGAUCAGGGAGGUGGAGGGACAGUGUGAGUAAAUGGCAUCUGGGAAGGUAAACUCCAGUCCCGGUGACCGACCCCAAACCAGACUGUUGGUGGGCUGAGCUCCUAGCCUGGAAGCAUUCAGGAGAGCCUGCCAUUCCUGGGGUGAUCCCUGCUGGGUAUUUGCACGAGAGUGGUUUGGUUUAGCUGCCUCUGCUGCCCUUUACUGUGACAAGCAAGGAGGGGUUGCUUCCCUCCCUACCUCAUCCAUCCCACACACCUUGGCCUUCUGCAAGCCAAGUGGUUCUGCGAGGUCAAGGAACUGGUAUCAGAUGGCAAGCUCAGUGCCCGGGACACCCACUGCUGGCAGGAGAAGGCCCAUUUUCACAGUCUGCAGAAGCCUGUUAGGCUGGAGUUGGGGGUGGGAUGGGCUGGUGAGAGAGUUCAAAUUCCAGGAAGCCACUUUUUAUUGGAUGUGAGAUAUCUAAAGGCAAAAGUACUUAGUAGCAAAGUGGCCACCUUUUGAUUGAUUGGGCUUCCUCAUAGGAAGCACUGGGGGUGUGUCUUUGUACUUGGUUCAUUGCCCUUCACCUGGUGGAGAAAGAGAGGUCAGAAAUAGCAAGCAGGACUCCUAGAAGCCACAAGGAAAGAGCACAGGCUGCACCAAAGCAGGGGCAGCAGAGAAUAAAAUAGCUCUUUGAACUUGUCAACAAUUUCAAAACUGCAAGGAGUCACCUUAUAACACUAUUUCCAGUAAACGUGGAAUUGAGUAUCAGAGGGAUUACUGAGGUGUUAAGGUAGCCCUGCCACAUGGCUCUCCAGGCAGGGCCAAGAAGACAGCACAAAGUAUGGGUUUGACCAUAAGCUCAUAUGCUGUCCCCAAAGACUGAGGACAGCUGUGUGCCUCAGUGUUGCAGUGUGAAUUCCUAAAUAGAAGGUAAAGUGAGCCUAGCCAGGGAGGUGUUUGGGGCUCCAUCACCCAUCUCUCCUACCAAGCUGGGCAAGAGCUUUUAGGGGAUUCAUCCAGCUUUGUGGAUUUAAAAAGGAAGCCUUCAGUUCCAAUCAGAAUCCUCUUUCCUUAAAAAAAAAAAAAAAAACGUAUUUUCCUUAGCUCCAGCAUUUGCUUUCAGGAUUCUGACACCUGAGAAUUUGGGGGUAGGUACGAAACAAAACAAAGCAAAAGGACAACAAAGAACAUUAUUUCUAGUGUUUCUAAAAUGGGGGUUUAGAACCCCCAAGGGGCCACACUUAGGCUUGAGAAGGCUAAUGUUGGAAAAAACAUGUUCUUCUAAUUGGUCUCCUGUCUGUCUUGUCCUUGCACACUCUGCUUACAGAGUUUUGUUAGAGAUGCUGAACUGCAGGCUGGGAGCAGGCAGUGCCAAAAGGGAACAGGCACACACACACACACACGCGCACACACACACACACACACACACACAGAUUUUUGAAUGCUUGCUACCGACAAAUGUCGCUGAAACCAUUCUUAAAAAAUUCAGAUCUGGUCUUGAAAGAAAGAUCCAAUCAAGUGCAUUCAGAGAACAGGGAAUUAUCCUCUGUUAUCUUUGUUUAAUUCUUCACCCCACGUAAGACAUUUAUCAAGGGUUGACGUGGAAGCCAUUCCUCAUAAGUCUAUGUAGCUUUUGUUCACAGGCUCACUGAAGUCCAACAGGUGUCUUUACAUGCAACUGAGGUUUAGAGUUCUUUUCAGAUAGUUGCCAUCAGAACUAGAAGGGAAUCUAAGAGGCCUGGAGUCCACCCCCAGCCUGUGUAGGCAAAAUCUGAGAAUGAACAGUCCAAUCAGUUGCAUCCUUCAUUGUCCUCCCUAGGGUCAACAUUCUUUGAAGCCCAGGCUACUCAUAGGUUUAAGUGUGGUGUGUCUAAACACGAGGGGAAUGCUGGGCAUUUUCUAGAACAGAGAAGUAAGUACUGCCUUCCUGGAAAGAGUCACCCUGCUUCCUGAGGCAUUGCUACAGCACUGCAGGGUGGGUCAGCUGAAACUCCAUGCAUGGUUCAUUGUGGUCCCUGAUCUGUUGCUGACAGACUUCAUGGUCAGCAUUCCAGCUCUUGCAGCUAUAAGUUCCAAACCAGAGAUUUGCUGGAAUGGAAGUCUCCCAAUAAUAGUUUGAACAGAGGCCCAUGUCAUGGACUGCUUUGGUUCUCAUUCUUCUUUUCUUUUUUUUUUUUUUGAAAUGGAGUCUCGCUCUGUCACCCAGGCUGGAGUGCAGUGGUGUGAUCUCUGCUCACUGCAACCUCUGCCUCCCAGGUUCAAGCGAUUCUCCUGUCUCAGCCACCCGAGUAGCCGGGACUAUGGGUGGCUGCCACCACAGCCGGCUAAUUUUUUGUAUUUUUAGUAGAGAUGGGGUUUCACUGUAUUAGCCAGCAUGGUCUCGAUCUCCUGACCUCGUGAUCCGCCUGCCUCGGCCUCCCAAAGUGCUGGGAUUGCAGGCGUGAGCCACCGCGCCCAGCUGGUUCUGGUUCUUCUAAAUUGCUCCCUGGGAAAGUAGUUUUUGGGGAAACAUUGGAAUUAUUAUUAUUAUUAUUUUCUAGCUAGCAUGAAGGGCUCCGAUUAAGGAUGAAGGGAAAGCAAACAAAAUAAUUCAAUGGGUUUCAUUUUUCUAAGUCAUUCAUAACCUAAAUAGGGAUAUUCCUGGGGUUUCAAUUGUAUGUUUCUGUACUAAACCGUAAUACUUGGGAAAUCUUUUCCCAAUACUUGGGGUUUUGGAGGGAGGUCCCCACAAAGGCCUCUAAGCUCUGUGAUAAAUAUUUAAUGUCUAAAACAAAAACUCUCAUUUGACGCUGGGGUAUUAGAAAGAACAUACAUUCUUUAAAAGAGGCAUGAAAAAAUAUUUUAGUGAGUGUGCUCACAUUUUAUCUACUGAAAUGCAUGUAGUAGGUAGAUGAAGGAACAAGAGAAAGAAAAGAACUGGAUAGUUCAUUUUCUUUAAAUAUAAAAUGUAGCAGAUGGGUUUGAGAUACUCCUUUAGUGCUCCAUUUGCCCUUAUCCCACCACAUGCAAAGACUUGAUUUGGGGUAGCUAUAUGAAGCUGAAAUCUCUAGCCUUCAACAGCGUUCUGCAGAAGGACUUUGUUUCAGCCCAGCACCGUUCAUCAUGCCCUUAGGGGUCUGGGUACCCACAGCUGACUUUGACCUAGGACUAAAACCCAGCAAUCUUUUGGCUCCUUUCUGCUUUGUUUAAUGUACAUCAAGGGCCUUGAUGUAAGGAGGCAGUGCUUUAGGAGUCUUCGCAUUUAGUUCCUGCACGCCUGUUUCGUUCCCAUCAAUGUGCGAAUGGCCUAGAUUUCAAGUUCUGAGGGAGGGUGUGGGUCUGGGUUCUUACCUGGUAUCUAAAAAAUGUUUGGGAGUGCCCUGGGCCUAUUUGAAAAGUUUGAAUCUGAUCACUGUCAGCUCCUCCAAGACUUCUCCUCUCAACAGACAAUUGCACUGUAGGGCACCCCAGACUCCCCUUAGCCUACAUGGCAGCAAAUACCACUGUGCCAGGUAUAUCUGGACUGUAGGAUAGUCUUGGCCAACUCCAAGACUGGCCAACUCCAAGACUUGUCCACUGUGUGCAGAGUAUUUUAAGUAUGUUAUCUCAUACAAUCCAUAAAAAACCCUAUAGUGUUGGGUAUUGCUAUUUCUUUUAUACACAUGAGAAAAUGGAGGCAGUAAGAGGAAGAGGAACUUGUUCAAAGUCACACAACUGUUAGGCAGAAAUGAGGUCAUUCAAAUCCUUAAUCUUCUCCUCCAGACCACACUGCCUCCCAGGAAGAGAUGUGGGCACCUCCUGCUCUUGCCAGGCAGGAAACCGCUCCUUAUCAACGUCUACAGGGGUCUGCUGUCACACCCAGGAAGGACUGUGACAAGCAUGGACUGGCCUGCAGCUCCACUCAGCCUGCUGUCAGCACCCUCCAGUUCAGCGGGAUGCAACAUCUGAUGUUCUGCCAGGAGGCUGUAGAGCUGCACAUGGAAGUAGCCAGUGUUUCUUCCCCUUCCAAAAUGCAAAUAUCACUCAGCCUCUUUUAAAAUUGACUUCCUGUGUUGAUUUUGACUGUAGGUGAUGCAGCAGGCCUCAGGGCUGGGGAUUUUCAAAAUCUUGUUGGCUAUUAUAGAUGGCCUUGGAAUUUGCUCUUGGGGGUCUGAAUAUAACGUAGGAAAAUGUCCUUUCUCAGGGAGUGAGGCUUUAAAGUUCGUUUGUUUGUCACUCAAAUGUUAGCUGUGCACUGCACCUUUACACCCUUACUCUCUUCAUCUUGUCUCAUAGCCACAGCUAUUGAAUUUGACCUGUGAUCAUAAGUUGGGUUUCUGAUCUGAUCUCUUGCAUUCUGGCGGGUACUGGGGGCAGAAUCAGCUUUGCUAAUGAUUUUCUGGGCAGAAGGUAAAUUCAGCUGCAUCUGAAGGGGCUUCACAGUCCAAUAGCUGUCCCUUUGUUUUACAUAACAGAGAGUGAUGGUCAAGGCCACCCACAUCUUUAGUGGUAGAGCCAGGACGAAAAGUCAGGUUUUCUGCCUCUUAAGUCUCAUGCUGCCUCACACAGCACCUCCAGAGCUCUAGGGAAAGGAGGCUCAGAGAGAUGAAGUGACUUGUCUGAAGUCCUAUGGCUAGUGGGUGAAGUUGGAAUUAGACCUGCAUUGCACCUCGAUUCGCUGAGCAGUUGCGGGGAAAUCCGGAAAUCCUUUUUGUUUGUUUGUUUGUUUUUUUUGAGACAGAGUCUCACUCUGUCACCCAGGCUGGAGUGCAAUGGCAUGAUCUCAGCUCACUGCAACCUCCGCCUCCCGGGUUCAAGCGAUUCUCCUGCCUCAGCCUCCUGAGUAGCUGGGAUUACAGACGCGGGCUACCACGCCCAGCUAAUUUUUGUAUUUUUGGCAGAGACAAGAUUUCACCAUAUUGGUCAGGCUGGUCUUGAACUCCUGACCUUGUGGUCUGCCCGCCUCGGCCUCCCAAAGUGCUGGGAUGGCAGGCGUGAUCCACCGUGCCCAGCUGGGAAAUCCAUUUUUUAAAAUAAACUCAAUUAUGUCUUGAACCUACUCAGAAAACAAGCUGUUUAAAAUGUCCCAUUGUGACUGUAAUGUGAUAAUGAUCUCUAACAUGUAUUUUAUUUGGCAAGGAUGGGGGAUGUGCAUCAAAUCUUCACCUCUGGGAUUUCCUGAGACUUGCUCCACUUGGCUCACCCUCCACCCGUAUCCCCACCCCACUCCUAGAUAUUAAUACAAAUCUAGCCCUGACCACUGCCUACUGCUCCACCACCGCCUACUUUCUUUGGCCAUCAGAACCUUGGAGUUUACAGAGCAGAGGCCAUGACAUUGGGGAGCUUGUUUAAAAAUCAAUGAUCAGAACCCCACAUUUUAAUUUCCUUUUGGGGAGAAAGAGGAGGGCCAUGGAAGAAAAGGGGUGUGCAGCUGGAGUGUUAUAACAGUCUUUCUCAGCGGCAGGCAUGCCCGUCCCUCCAUCUUCUCCCCACCAGGCACAGGAGCCAGCAGCUGGAGUGUGCUCUGAGUUUCAGGGGACCCCCACCCAGUCUGACUGGGGCUUCUGGGACUUCUCAUAAGAGGAGUCAAGACCUCCUGCGCUUCUUUAAAAGGUGAUGGGCUCAGUGUUCCCAUUGGCAUCUGGAGGUGAAGCCAGUACUGUCUCAGGAGUGGAAGGAAAUGGCCCACUGGCCUUUUUCUCCUCCACGUCACAGUCCCCAUUUGCUGGAGCCCUUGAGGGGGCCACCGAAACUGUGGCUCUCAUUCAGCCUCCUAAAGUGUUGCACUACUGAAUCCUCCUUUCUGUUUACACCAGCAGUGAAUAGAGUAAUGAAAAGAACAUGUUAUAUGCAAUGGCUUGAUGCUUAGUGUGGCAAUCAAAGCUUUCCUGGGCAGAUGUAGGCAGGGGCUAGAAAAUAGUCAUGGAGUUGUCACCAGGUCACUGUCUCUCUCCUUCCCCUUCCAGGUCUCUACUGUCGCCUGCAGCCACCACAAGGGCUAAGCUGUUGAAUGAGCCCCUUGGUUUUUCCUUAUAAAUGGAAUGACUUAUUUGUGAUUCUUAGUCUAAUCCCAGGCUAAGAAACAAACAAAAGCUUGUGACCUGACCCAUUCCUUUGCCGCCUUCCUUCUCUUUCAGGCACCUGGACGUAUUUAGUAUUCUGCCCUGUGCCUUGCCCAGGGGAGGGAGAAGUUUCUAGCAAACAUGGCUUUCUGUCUGCUGCCUGGUGCUUUUAUAGUACUUCAUCUGCUUUGUAUUGUUGUUGUUGUUUUUUAACCAAAACAGCAUUUGUUUGGCUGUCAUUGUCGAGUAUAUAUUUAUUGUGUUUUACAAACAUGAGUAUAUAUGUAUGUAUAUGUAUAAAACCAAACUUAUAUAUAUAAGAAGUCAAGGCAUGUAUACUAGAUAUUUUAAAGAGUUAUUUAUCAAGGGAAAAAGAUGUGUGUUAUAAAGUAAACAGAGUCUAUAUUUUCUAUAUAAUGUAGAUAGUCAAACAUAGCUUAUAAAUUAUAGGAGGUUUUGGUUUUCUUUUUUAUUAUUAAAGGAAAAAAAGAAGAAAAAAAAGACAAUGAAUGCAACUGUUCUUAGUGUUUUUAAGGCCAAACUACUGUGGAAGCUGGGAGGCGGCCUUCCCUGCGGGCCUCCAGCAGCCCUGUGUCCCCCGCUAGGAGCUCCAGAGCUGAUGCCCGUUGUGACCUCUGCGAUGCUCGAUGCUCGGAGCCAGCGGUCAGCAUCACUCAGCCAGCUGGCCUGUGCCGCUCCGACGUGGCUUCCAGCUGUUCUCCGCAAUUUGCAUUGGUGGGAUAAAGGAAUGAAAAGGAUAAAUAAAGAUUUAAAAGAAAAUAAAA